ACUUCAGUGGAUAGUAGCAGUGCGUGAAGAAUCAUGAAGACGAACGUGACUAUCAGCAGUGUGCGCGAGAAUGUAACCAUCGCCCAGUCAGUCACUCGCGGUUAAACACGCUCUCGGUCAAGCGACAGAUCCACUCCGUGAUUUCGCGAUUGAAACACGUUGCGCUGCUGAUUCAUGGGGGCUUUCGCAGACUCAGGUGGCUGAGAGAUGCAGAGAUCUUGGCGCUAUACGGGGAUUUUCUGUUGACCCUGUGCUUAAGUGGGUGUCGUGGAACUUGACAAACCCUGUGCUCAGAAAAAUGCUGGUAAUAUUAGCUCUCUACACGAGAGUAAAUGCUGUGCCUUGCUAAAAAGAGCAGUGCCGCCACACAAAGGGGAAGCCACACAGAAUGUCUUGGGUCAAUGGCUUUAAAUCUGCAAGAGUGGACAACCAUACGACGGCAUGGGGUGAGCGCAAUGGCAGGAAGUCAAGGCGUAAAAGGGGCUCGUCCACGUGCAACCCACGCUACAUGAGCUGUCUACGGGACCCCGAGUCUAUGGAGCCCCCAUCGCAACACUACUCCCGUGCAGCAGGGGGCGCCACCAGCAGCAACUUCAGCACACGCUGCGUUUGGCAGGAAGACCAUUAUGGCAGGAAGGGUGAUGUGGGCCUGAGAGCCGUGGACCUGGCGUUUGAAGAUUCUGAGACGAGGCAAACGAAAGAUGGCGAGGACCCCGAUGACGGCGGAGAGGAGAGGAAGGGUCUCGACAGGUGUUUUUUGACUUGCUUGUUGCGUCUGGCUCACGUUUUUCAGUCCAAGAAGUUUAAGUCGGCCAAGCUCGAGCGACUAUAUCAACGGUACUUCUUCAGGCUCAACCAGAGCUCUCUUACGAUGCUCAUGGGGGUCCUGGUUGUGGUUUGCGGGGUUAUGCUGGCGUUCCACUGUGUCCAAGGUCCACCAAAUGUGGCGUUUGCCUCGGUGCUCUCCGUAGCCAUGGGCCUGUUCUUAGCCUUGAUGGUGGUGUGUAACAGAAACGGCUUCCACCAGGACUACAUGUGGAUCGUGAGCUAUUUGGUCAUGGCGGUGUUAGUGGUGGUGCAGGUGUUUGGCUUGUUAAUGGUGGCUCCACCCAGUGCAUCUGAAGGGAUAUGGUGGACGGUGUUCUUCAUCUACAUCAUCUACACACUGCUGCCGGUGCGAAUGAGAGCAGCUGUGAUCACUGGAGCUGUGCUGUCCACCAUUCAUAUGAUUAUGGCAUGGAGACUCAACCUUGAGUAUUACUUCAUUACUAAACAGUUAUGUGCCAAUGCGAUGAUUUUCCUGUGCACCAACAUCAUUGGCAUCUGCACACACUACCCAGCAGAGGUGUCUCAGAGACAGGCCUUCAAGGAGACCAGAGGAUACAUCCAAGCCAGAAUACACCUUCAGAGAGAGAACCAGCAGCAGGAGCGCCUGCUGCUCUCUGUGUUGCCAAGGCACGUUGCCAUGGAGAUGAAGGCAGACAUCAACGCUAAGAAAGAGGAUAUGAUGUUCCACAAGAUCUACAUCCAGAAGCACGACAACGUCAGUAUCCUGUUUGCGGACAUCGAGGGCUUCACCAGUUUGGCGUCUCAGUGCACGGCUCAGGAGCUUGUGAUGACCCUUAAUGAGCUUUUUGCUCGCUUUGAUAAAUUGGCUUGGGAAAACCACUGUCUGCGAAUCAAGAUCCUGGGGGACUGUUAUUACUGUGUGUCUGGACUUCCGGAGGCAAGGGCAGAUCAUGCGCACUGCUGUGUGGAGAUGGGAGUGGACAUGAUUGAAGCCAUCUCAUUGGUGCGAGAGGUCACAGGAGUGAACGUGAACAUGCGCGUGGGAAUACAUAGCGGCCGUGUGCACUGCGGGGUGCUCGGCCUACGCAAAUGGCAGUUUGAUGUCUGGUCCAACGAUGUCACACUGGCCAACCAGAUGGAGGCGGGAGGUCAAGCAGGGCGGAUCCACAUCACCAAAGCCACACUGCAGUAUUUAAAUGGUGACUAUGAAGUGGAACCAGGUUUUGGAGGGGAGAGAAAUACAUACUUGAAAGACAACAACAUAGAGACGUUUUUUGUCCUGGGCUGCAGUCAAAAAAGGAAAGAGGAAAAAGCAAUGAUGGCUAAGAUGCAGCGUGCUAGAGCCAACUCUUCAGAGGGUCUGAUGUUGCGGUGGGUUCCUGACAGAUCUUUCUCCAGGACUAAAGAUUCCAAAGUCUUCAGACAGAUGGGCAUAGAUGAAGCCUCCAGCAAAGAUAACCGCUGUGCCCAAGAGGCCCUGAACCCAGAGGACGAGGUCGAUGAGUUUUUAGGACGUGCCAUUGAUGCUCGCAGCAUUGACCAGCUGCGGAAAGACCAUGUCAAGAAGUUCCUGCUCACAUUCCAAACACCUUUUCUGGAGAAAAAGUAUUCAAAAAAGGUGGAUGAUCGUUUUGGUGGUUAUGUGGCCUGUACACUCGUCGUCUUCUGCUUUAUUGUUUUUAUACAAAUCAUCAUAUUUCCACAUACACGGUUAAUGCUGGGCAUGUUCAUCAGCAUCUUUAUUUUUCUCGCCCAUGUCCUCUUUAUAUGUGCCAUUUACUCCUGUGUUAAGCUUUUCCCAGUUACCUUGCAGACAGUGUCAAAGAGGAUUGUUCAGUCCCGUGUCAGCAGCACGCUCGUCGGAGUCUUGACAAUUUUGCUUCUUUUCAUCUCUGCCUUUGUUAAUAUGUUUACCUGUGACCGGGAGGAUCUGCUAAAAUGUGUGGCUGGACAGUUGAAUAUUUCUGAUUCGGUCACGCUGUGUCUGCUGUAUAAUCUGACUGGACUAGUAGAGGACCCCUUCGUCUUCUGUCUUGGGCAGCCUUCAGCAUGUCCUUUACCCGAGUAUUUCACAUACAGUGUGCUGCUGACUCUGCUGUGCUGCUCAGUGUUCCUGCACAUCAGCAGUAUAGGCAAGCUGGUCCUCCUGCUCUUCAUCCAGGUCUGCUUUCUGCUGCUAGUGGAGUGGCCUCUAGUCACGCUGCUAGACAACGCCGACCUGCUGGUCACCGCCAAUGCAAUGUAUUCUUUCAAUGAAACAAAUUACUGCCAGGAAACGGUGACUAAAGUGUCUCUGAGGGUGUCGAUUCCAGUCAUCCUCACUGUAUUUGUACUGGCUCUCUAUCUGCACGCACAGCAGGUCGAGUCUACCGCACGCCUUGACUUCCUGUGGAAGCUACAGGCCACUGAAGAGAAAGAGGAGAUGGAGGAGCUGCAGGCCUACAACCGUCGUCUCCUUCACAACAUCCUGCCCAAAGAUGUGGCUGCCCACUUCCUCGCGCGAGAACGUCGAAACGAUGAGCUCUACUAUCAGUCAUGUGAAUGUGUGGCCGUUAUGUUUGCCUCCAUAAGCAACUUCUCAGAGUUUUACACUGAACUGGAGGCCAACAAUGAGGGUGUGGAGUGCCUGAGACUGCUCAAUGAGAUCAUCGCUGACUUUGAUGAGAUCAUUUCUGAAGAGAAAUAUAAGCAGUUGGAGAAGAUCAAAACUAUUGGUAGUACUUACAUGGCAGCAUCUGGAUUGAACGGCUCGACUUACGACAAAGAGGGCCGCACACACAUUCUAGCUCUUGCUGACUAUGCUAUGAGGCUACGAGAACAGAUGAAGUACAUCAACGAACACUCAUUCAACAACUUUCAGAUGAAGAUAGGUUUGAACAUUGGGCCAGUGGUUGCUGGUGUGAUUGGAGCCAGAAAGCCUCAGUAUGACAUAUGGGGCAACACAGUAAAUGUGGCCAGUCGCAUGGACAGCACAGGUGUUCCUGAUUGUAUCCAGGUGACCACUGACUUAUACCAUGUACUAGAAAGUAAGGGCUACCAGCUGGAGUACCGUGGACUGGUGAAAGUGAAGGGGAAAGGAGAUAUGGCCACUUACUUCCUCAACAGUGGUCCUGUCUGCAGUUAACACUGACCAAAUGCCUCUCA